GUUUGGUGGCGGCGGGGUUUUUUAGAGCCCGGCUUCAUCCCUUUCCCGGCCGGGUCGUCAUGGAAGAACUUACGGCGUUUGUGUCCAAAUCUUUUGACCAGAAAAGCAAAGAGAGCAGCGGUGGCGGCGGCGGAGGUGGUGGUGGAGGAGGUGGAGGAGGAGGAGGAGGAGGAGGCGGCAGUCACAAGAAGGAGUCCAUCACGUACCGGGAAGUUUUGGAGAGCGGGCUGGCGCGGACUCGGGAGCUGGGCGGCUCCGAUGCCACUAGCCUGCAGGAGCUGGCCGAGGGCGGCCCCCACUGUCCGGUCCACCUUUUCAAAGAGCCUGGAGAGAGCGACAAGGACAAGCUCAAGGACUUCAACCACGCCAGCAGGACCUCGGAAGGGAUCUAUGAAUGCAAAGACAAGCGGGAGGAGGUGAAAUCCGAGGACGAGGACGGCCAGACUAAAUUGAAACAGCGGAGGAGCAGAACGAAUUUCACCCUGGAACAGCUGAACGAGCUGGAGAGGUUAUUCGACGAGACGCACUAUCCGGAUGCCUUCAUGAGGGAGGAACUGAGUCAAAGGCUGGGGCUGUCUGAAGCUAGGGUGCAGGUUUGGUUCCAGAACAGAAGAGCCAAAUGCCGAAAACAAGAGAACCAGAUGCAUAAAGGUGUGAUCUUGGGUACGGCCAGUCAUUUAGACGCCUGCCGAGUGGCCCCUUACGUGAACAUGGGAGCCCUAAGGAUGCCUUUCCAGCAGGUCCAAGCUCAGCUGCAGUUGGAAGGGGUCACCCAUGCUCACCCUCACCUCCAUCCUCACCUAGCUGCUCACGCCCCUUACUUGAUGUUUCCUCCCCCUCCCUUUGGACUCCCAAUCGCCUCCUUGGCUGAUUCUGCCUCUGCAGCUGCAGUUGUGGCUGCAGCCGCCAAGAGCAACAGCAAGAAUUCCAGUAUUGCUGACUUGAGGCUCAAGGCUCGGAAACAUGCUGAGGCCCUAGGGCUUUGACAUUUCCUUUCUGGAAGCAGUUUCAUUGCCAGGAUGGACAAUAGUUUUCUUUUCUCCAGCUGUCAUCCAUGCUUGGCUGAGACAAGGACAAGUGCUAGAUUUUGAAAAGCUUGGGAGUCCUCAUAGAUGCACAAUCAGAACUGGCCUGCUUUUUCUUCCUUGCUUUUCCCUCUUCUUCCUCUUCCUAUUUCGUUCCAAGAUGUAAGAAGUGAUUCAGUUGAUCUGAGGAUCGAAGGACCCACCUGUCUACCUUUUUGAUUUUGGCCAAGCGCUUAGUGCUGAUAAUUGCAGCCAAACUUUUUCACUCCCACCAGAGGCACACUGAGUCUGAAUUUAAGAUAUAAAUAACAACUUUACAAAAGAAAAAAAAAACAAGAAUACUUUGGGGAGGAGAGAAGAUGAGAGGGAUAAUUCUCCAAAUUAUGUGGCAUCUUUGAAUGUUGGGACAACUGGAGCUUGACCAUGGCCAAAGUGAUCAUCAGCCUAAAACUGUUCACUGCUAUCAGUUUUGCAAAGUUGUGCAUGUGCCUAACAUCUAACACCAUUUGGAAAUCACAGACUCUGCUGGAACAAAACCCAAGCUUGAAAACAAUCCCAGGGGCUGGUCUCCGUUACCAUAACAUUUCUCCUUAGUUGCCAAGUAUAUUCUAGCUAUUUCACAAAUUGCUCACGAAUUAAGGAGCUGCUUUUGCAAAAGUGGCUUACAUUUAAAACAUGGAAUUUCAAAUUACAGAUAAGGCAGUUUAAUCUGGACAUAGCAGACCCUCCAGCUGUAUAUUUUACAAAGAGCUGCAACAACACAAAAGUUUGAGAGACAAAAUUACACAAAAAUUAGAGGUGAUCUAAGUGAUGGAAACAAUGAUAACGAACAUAAUAAUAAUCAACCAUCUGAACAAGCAGAUAUGUUGUAAGACAAGGACAGGUUGACUUCCUUGCUUUGUUUUCCAGAUGUCUGGAUUUCUCAGAAGAAGAAUCUCCUUGGCUUGCUCUCGAGAGAUUGAUUCAGCUAUCAAAGAUGGACAUGCAGUUUUAAAAGCAUAAUACUGAUGCAGUGUUACGUUUAGUGAAAUGCAAUUGAGUGCAGUAAAGUGCAAUACUGUAAAUAUUUUAGACUAAAAGGGAAAAAUAGCAACACGUUCUUAUUCUGUUUGUAACCUACUCUAUAGGAACUGUUUACCUGGUCCUUGGUGCUCAGACUUAAGAAUGAUCAUUUAUUGCCAAAAUUAGAUAGUCUGGUUUUUCUAUGGUAUGGUGAAGAAAUAUGAAUUGCUUAUAUAAAGGGAAUUGCCAUGUUUUUGAUCCAGUUUAUGUCCCACAUUUCUGGGAAUUAAGCUCAACUGCCUGUUUUAAUUAUUAUAAUUAUAAUUAGUGUUGUUAUUAUUUGGAAAAUUGUUUUAAAAUAAGGAGCAACAAUCAAGAAAAUGUCAUAUAGAGGUGGAUAAAUUCAGCAUGUGAGUUGUAUAAAUGCAUAGAAAUAAAUCCAGUUUUAGGCAUGUUAAAUGCAACCUCAUUGGAGUUUUCUAAUGAGUAAAAUCUGUAGUGCCAGUCAUAGAGAAAAGGGGAAAUUGACUGAAAUUAUAUUACCAAACUGACUAGGAUUAUUAUGUCUAUGUUUCUCACUCACAUGUAAAUUCUUUUAACCAACUCAUUAAUUCGGUGCAUCAUCUGGGGAGAAAUAUUCAUCUAUUUCUACAGCUGUUUGCAUUUGAUACCAACAUUUCACUGAUGGAAUCUUUGCUUCUCAACAACAUACAGUCAUCCAAACUGUUGCCCUCAAAUGUAUUUGUUUUU